AUGUCCUACAAUCGUCUCGGCUCGACGGGCAACGUCCACGACGACGACGAAUACCCUUACAACAACAACAACACCAUGGACCCCCGGAGACCUCAGCCCCAGCGGACGCCGUCGCCUGGCAAUCCUUUCCACGGCUACCAGCUCGAAGACCGUCCCUAUGGCAGUUCUGGCGCUCCUUUGGAGAUUCCUAUGGGACCCGGUCCCGGUCCUGGCACGCCAGGCGACCGCUUGGAGGCACAGCCUACGUAUUCGGUUGAGAACAUCCAGAACACGUACGGCCACAACGAGCAGUACGAGGCAAAGCACCAGUACUCCCCGGGAGGUUACCACGAUGCUUAUGCCCUCGACCCGAACGCGCAUCACGACGCAUACUACAACGAGCCCUACCACCCCUCGCCGCACGAGGAACACCAGCAGUACUGGCAGGACGAGGGAGACAGCCGCCCCAUGCUCCAAGCCGAAGGCGCUUACGGGCCCGAUCCCGUGCAUCCCAUAAGCCCCAGCAAUGAGCCGGGAGAGUACUUCGAUGCGCCGAAGCCCACGCCGAGCCCUGCGCCAAUCAGGCGGUGGAAGACGGUCAAGGAGGUGCAGCUGUUCAACGGCAACCUCGUCCUCGACUGCCCCAUUCCACCCCGACUUCUCAAUCAGGUUCCUCACGCUCAGCCGCCUGAGCGCGACGAGUUCACGCACAUGAGAUAUUCGGCUGCUACUUGCGAUCCCGCCGAUUUCUACAAUGAUCGCUUUACUCUGCGCCAGCGCUUGUUCGCAAAGCCCCGCCAUACCGAGCUGUUCAUUGCCGUCACCAUGUACAACGAGGAGGACGAGCUUUUUGCGCGUACCAUGAUUGGUGUGAUCAAGAACAUCGAGUACAUGUGCUCGCGGAACAACAGCAAGACCUGGGGCAAGGAUGCGUGGAAGAAGAUCGUAGUGUGCGUCGUCAGCGACGGCCGUGGUAAAAUCAACCCGAGAACAAGAGCUGUGUUGGCCGGUUUGGGUGUUUACCAGGACGGCAUUGCAAAGCAGCAGGUCAACGGCAAGGAGGUGACGGCUCACGUUUACGAGUACACGUCUCAAAUGAGCCUGGAAAUCAAGAAGAACGUCGUGCAGAUCAAGAAGGGCACUGUGCCCAUUCAGAUGCUCUUCUGUCUCAAGGAAAAGAACCAGAAGAAGAUCAACUCGCACAGAUGGUUCUUCCAGGCCUUCGGCACUGUGCUCGACCCCAACAUUUGCGUCCUCAUUGACGCCGGAACGAAGCCCGGAAAGGACUCGAUUUACCAGCUUUGGAAGGCCUUCGAUCUCGAGCCAAUGUGCGCUGGCGCUUGCGGUGAGAUCAAGGCCAUGUUGGUCGGCGGCAGGAAGCUGCUCAACCCCCUGGUUGCGACGCAGAAUUUCGAGUACAAGAUGAGUAACAUCCUGGACAAGCCUCUGGAAUCCGCCUUCGGUUUCAUUUCGGUUCUUCCCGGUGCCUUCUCUGCAUACCGCUUUGUUGCGCUGCAGAACGACAAGACCGGCCAGGGCCCCCUGGAGAAGUACUUCGCUGGUGAGAAGAUGCACGGUGCCAACGCCGGUAUUUUCACGGCCAACAUGUACCUUGCCGAAGAUCGUAUUUUGUGUUUCGAGCUUGUAGCGAAGCGCAACUGCCAUUGGAUCCUGCAGUAUGUCAAGUCGGCCACCGGUGAGACUGACGUUCCGGUCGAGAUGGCCGACUUCAUUCUCCAGCGUCGUCGUUGGCUCAACGGUAGUUUCUUCGCUGCUGUCUACGCUCUUGCACACUCGCAUCAAAUCUUCAGGAGCGACCAUUCGUUCAUCCGCAAGCUGAUGUUCUUGGUUGAGUUUACCUACCAGUCCAUCAACAUGAUCUUCGCCUGGUUCGCUCUCGGUAACUUCUUCCUGGUCUUCCGCAUUCUCACGUCGUCGCUUGGUAACGAUGAGUUCCUGGGCACGGUUGGCAACAUUCUCGCAACAGUCUUCGAAUGGGCAUACAUCGCAACGGUCAUUACUUGUUUCGUCCUGGCUCUCGGUAACCGGCCCCAAGGUUCGAACAAGUUCUACAUGACGAUGGUGUAUUUCUGGGUGCUCAUCAUGGCCUACCUGAUGUUCGCAUCCAUUUAUAUUACCGUCAUUUCCGUCAAGGCGGAGCUCGCGGAUGGCUUCUCGGUCUCGGACUUGUUCCAGAACACCCUCUUCUUCACGCUCAUCGUCUCGAUGGCGUCGACGUACCUGCUGUACUUCGUUGCCUCAUUCCUGUUCCUGGAUCCUUGGCACAUGUUUACGUCGUUCAUUCAGUACCUCCUGCUGACGCCGACGUACAUCAACAUCCUGAACGUGUACGCUUUCUGUAACACGCACGAUAUCACGUGGGGUACCAAGGGUGACGUGAAGCCCGAGAAGCUGCCUUCAGUCACGACGAAGCCUGGUGGCAAGGUCGAUGUCUCUGCACCCACCGACGAUGCUGAUUUGAACACUCAGUACGAGUCGGAGCUCCGCGUCUUUGCUACCAAGUACGUCGAGCCAAAGAAGGAUCCCUCUGCGGAAGACAAGCAGGAAGACUACUACAAGGGUUUCCGUUCUUCGGUCGUGCUCUUCUGGAUGUUCUGCAACCUGGCGCUGUGCGCCGUUGUGCUGGUUGCUGCAGGUGUUGACGUCUCAAUUGGAGACGAUGAGGUCUCACAAGCGAAGUCUCAACGUGCUAAGAUCUACAUGAGUGUGGUUCUCUGGAGUGUGGCUGGUCUCAGUGCAUUUAGAUUUACGGGCGCCAUCUGGUUCCUGAUUGUUCGCAUGUUCCGCGGCGUCUAA